AAGGGAGAGGAGGGAGAGGUAGAACUCAACUCACAGGCAGGACAGAGAGAGAGAGAGAGAGACCCAGUGAAGACCUUUGAAGAUCUCUGAAGAAGUGAAGCUACAACUGAAGAUUUGUGAAGAAGACUAUCACCAUGGCGAUAUUGACCAUCAUUCUGCUUGUCAGCAUGGCUUUGGCUCUGGGAGAUGCCUUUAUUCCGAUAGGUGGUAUGCGACCCAAGACCCGCUGUGAGCGUUUAAGAGAUUCCAAGAAAAACAGCCCGCCUGGAACCUACAUCCCAACUUGUGACGACGAUGGACAAUACACCCCUGAGCAAUGUUCAGGAUCUACAGGUUACUGUUGGUGUGUGACCUGUAAUGGACAGAAGAUCAAGGGUACUGAGACUCCAAUAGGCUCUGCUAUUAUCAACUGUGCCACCCUGAUUUGCUGGUAGAUGAAAGUCGUUGGAAUGAAGACGGUAAAAAUACUUUCACAGUUUUCUUUACUGUCCUACAGGAACUGCUUCACAUUCCAUACAAAUCAAUAAAUGAAGAAAUCCUGAGAGAAUUUAUUUUC